GAUACUGCUUUUUCUCUUUGCAAUUGGUUGCGCAGAACCUCCGCCUUCCUCAAUAAUUUGCCUAUGGCGGAGCUCGAGCCCGCCAGCUCCCGCCCCCUCUCUGAUGAUUGGCAUAGGACCUGACUUGUCCCUGCUUCCGCUUGACUGACUGCUGGGCCCGGCACCGCCCUCAGUUCCCGGGCGCUAGCUAGCGGGGGUGGCUGGGACCGUUAGAUCGCCAGGCUGGCAGACUCCGGGCCGCUACUCCAUCGGUGGCCGGGAUGGAGACGAUGCGAGCCCAACGCCUGCAGCCUGGAGUGGGCGCGGGAGGGAGGGGCACUCUGCGAGCUCUGCGGCCUGGAGUGACGGGGGCCGCGGCUGCCGCCGCCACACCCCCAGCAGGCCCCCCACCGGCCCCACCGCCCCCCGCCCCGCCCCCUCCGCCGCUGCUUCUGUCGGGGGCCUCCGGGCUGCCCCUGCCCCCCGGCGCCGCCGGCAGCCCGGUGGUGCUGCGGGAGGCUGUAGAGGCCGUGGUGAGGAGCUUCGCCAAGCACACUCAGGGCUAUGGCCGAGUGAAUGUGGUGGAGGCACUUCAGGAAUUCUGGCAGAUGAAGCAAUCCCGUGGAGCUGACUUGAAGAAUGGGGCUUUAGUGGUUUAUGAAAUGGUGCCCUCCAACAGCCCUCCCUAUGUCUGCUAUGUCACCCUGCCUGGGGGAAGUUGCUUUGGGAGUUUCCAGUUUUGCCCCACAAAAGCUGAGGCCCGGCGGAGUGCUGCAAAGAUUGCACUAAUGAACUCAGUAUUUAAUGAACAUCCUUCCCGGAGAAUCACUGAUGAGUUCAUUGAGAAGAGUGUCUCUGAGGCCCUGGCAUCUUUCAAUGGCAACAGAGAGGAGGCUGACAACCCAAAUACAGGGAUUGGUGCCUUCCGAUUCAUGUUGGAAUCCAACAAGGGCAAGUCAAUGUUGGAGUUCCAGGAAUUAAUGACAGUUUUCCAACUGUUACACUGGAAUGGCAGUCUUAAGGCCAUGAGGGAAAGACAGUGCUCUCGGCAGGAGGUGUUGGCUCAUUAUUCACACCGAGCCCUGGAUGAUGAUAUUCGCCACCAAAUGGCAUUGGACUGGGUGAGCCGGGAGCAGACUGUGCCGGGGGCACUGUCUAGAGAGCUGGCCUCCACUGAGCGGGAGCUGGAUGAAGCCCGGCUGGCAGGCAAAGAGCUGCGCUUCCACAAGGAGAAGAAAGAUAUUCUCAUGCUGGCUGCUGGGCAGUUGGGCAGUAUGCAUUCUUCCAACUGCUAGGCAUCCACCCACAUAUUCCCCAUCCUCUCCAGACCAUUUCUUGUACGUCUCCUUUUUAACAUUUAGGAUGAUUUCUGUAAAUAAUUUCUCAAUUUUAUACUUGUGUGUGUGUGUGUGUAAAUUCUACUCUUGGAUUCCUAUUUGCUAAGAAAUCUCUUUUUUUUUUUUACUUUCAAUUGUUGGAUGUAAUUUCAUUUGAAACAUCCCCACUCCACUUUAUAAGAAGAGAAGGCAAUCUUUGGAGCUUUGCUAGCUUUCACACCACAGAUUAAUUCUGUAUGGUCACUUCAAUAGCACAAAAUGAUUAAGUGUUCAUGUCUCCUCCUUCUUUUACAAGAAAAGUUAGCCUGAAUAAGGACCAUGUGCCCUACUCUCACUCUCCUUCUUGCUUUCUCUUGAACUCAAACAGGGUAUGAAGCCUUUGGCUUUGGUAUAUCUUGAGCUGGACCUGUUGGUACAAGAACCACACUACUUUCCUGACUCCAAAUGCUAUUCUGUUUUAUUUCAAGGCUUCCUUACCUUUUUAUUUUGGAAGGAAGUGGAGAUCUGGUUUCUUAUUUUUAAAUCACUCCUGAUAAACUUCCCAGGAACAAGAGAGGAAUUAUAAGCACAAUUCACGGGGCUUUACCACUUAAGUUGCUUCUGAGGAAUAUUUGUACCAUAGUAGUACUCCAGAUUUCCAGAUGCUGUCCAUACUACAGAAGGGGAUCAGGGUUGAAGUUGCUUAUCUUGAAUAUUCCCUUUUCAUUCCUCUUCCUCUGCUCACCCAACUUAGUCAUAUAUUCAGACCUUCCUGCUUGGAGAGAUGGGUAGAAGGUAAAACAUCUCCCUCUUCAAACCCCUCCCAUUAUUUUGUUCUUUGGAAACAUUUGUCCUAUUUGGUGAAGGCCAUGUUCUCACUCCAAGUUGCUGCUGUUUACUACCUUAGAUGUGCGUACCUUAGAUUUUCAUUGUUUUCUCUUUUCUUUUCUAUUCCUCUACUUUAUUAAAGCAUGAUUUGAUCAAGAAAGUUAGAUGAGAUUUUGAUAUUACAGCAUUUCCUAACUGGAAUCUUGGGAGACUGCAGGAGGGGAAAGAAAAAUCAAUGAUCAACUAUUUGUGUUUUUAACAUUGUUCUCUUCCCCUACCUCUCUCCUGGAUGAAGUAGGAGAGAAAUGAUGUGAAGUACAGAUAAAGCAUUCUCCUUUUGGAGGUUUCUCUAUGAUUCAUUUUUCCUUGUUUCUGUGAUCUCUUUUAUAUUACGUUGCUUAAUGCACCUUCUUAACUGAGUUUAAGAAGUUUUAAUGCUCCUGUAAUUGGACUUUCCAUUUAACAAUUAUGCAGACUUUGCUUUUAAAAACAGGUGAGGAAACAGGUCACAGCUUGCUCUUUGGGAUCAGAUAGGGGCAAGAUGAAAGGCAACUUUCUUGCUUUUGAAAUCAUCUUGGUGACCAGUAAAUAUGAGAUCCAAAAUGAGGAAUCCAGCUAUGGUUGUGUUAAUGCUUGAAAAGGGCUUCCUUGCAUUCUCCAAGCACCAUCUCUAUAUUCCAUUAAACAUAUGUAAGGUUGGAAUAGAGGCUUGUACUUUGCAUUGAAUAAUAAGUGUGUCUGUUCUGUUUUUAUUAUUUAUAACCCAGAAAUCAUAAACCCUCCAGUUUCUCCUAUUCUCUUUUUUUCUGGGAAGAAGUGAUAAGGGGUAUGAAUUGUGGGAGGAACUUGUCCUGGGACCUCCUGGACUUACUUGUUUUCUUAAAUACCAACCAAUAAGAUCCUGAAGAGCUUGAGAAAAAUUGUUCCCUGAUCUGUCCACUUUUAUGUUAAAGAUUUUACUUAUCUUUUCAGUACUUUCUAUGUGUUUUAUAUGUAUAAUUUUAUACAAUUAAAAAGAUUUUUGAGUAGUGA